GAAAAGGGAAAAUGUUUCAAAAAAGUUUUGGCUUCGCGCAUUGAUCUUACCAACGUCAGCAGCAGCACUUUGGCCAGGUGUAAACAUUUUUAUCCAUCAGAAUAUGGCCAUAUUUUGACAAAUAUCUCCCUGUUUAUCCAACACUUCUGGAUAUGGAGUUAGCCAGGAGCGUAUUUGGAGGCCGUUCCACUGAUGGAUACAGUGGUAGAGGUAACCAAGUUGAAACACUCUCUGAAGAUGAAGAUGAUUUGACAAUGCGAAAUGAGGGAUCGGGAGUGAGCAUUUCUGCAACACAAAACUAUACAAAUGGAGAUUUUGUGCCAACACCAGGGGGUCCCUUUUCAGCACUUACCCCAUCAAUGUGGCCUCAAGAUCUGUUAUCAAAAUUAAAUAAUCCUCCAGAAGAUUCGUCAGGGCAACUGGACUACAGAUUUGAUGAAUUUGGAUUCAAAGUUGAAGAAGAAGAUGGACCUGAAGAAACUUCAAGCAAACUUCUCAGUACACCUUAUGUAGAAGACCCCCAACAUCGACUCAAGUGGACGGCUCAUUUAGAAUUCACACACAAUCAUGAAGUUGGUGAUCUCACAUGGGAUAAGGUGGACAAUAGGCUUCCUAGAUCCGAUAAACUUCACACAAUGAUAAAAAACGGCAUUCCACAUUCUCUGAGAGGUCAGAUGUGGCUUCGUCUUUCCGGGGCUGCUGAAAAACGUUCAAAAUCUGAGACUUCGUAUCAAGACAUUGUUAAGACUAGCUCUAACGACCAUCUUAUGACCUCAAAACAAAUUGAAAAGGAUCUAUUAAGGACCAUGCCAAGUAAUGCGUGCUUCUGUAAUAUAAACUCAACAGGGAUACCUCGUUUGAGGAGAAUUCUACGAGGAAUAGCAUGGCUCUAUCCAGAUAUAGGUUAUUGCCAGGGAACUGGGGUGAUAGCUGCUUCACUUUUGUUGUUCAUGGAAGAAGAGGACUGUUUCUGGAUGAUGUGUGCCAUUAUAGAAGACCUCCUCCCUGCUUCAUACUAUUCCAGUACACUAUUGGGAAUACAGGCUGACCAAAGAGUGCUUAGACAGCUUAUAUUGAGUACACUCCCAGAGACAGACCUGGUACUCAAGAAUCAUGAUAUUGAACUCUCCCUAAUCUCGUUACACUGGUUCCUGACAUGUUUUGCCAGUGUUGUACACAUGAGAGUUCUCCUGCGACUAUGGGAUCUCUUCUUCUAUGAGGGAUCAGUUACUCUGUUCCAAGUCACCCUUGGGAUGAUGAAAAUGAAGGAGGCUGAAUUACAACAACUUGACAACUCUGCCCAGAUAUUCAAUGCCCUCUCAGACGUCCCUGGAGAUGUUCAGGAUGUUGAUGAACUAAUAGAGACUUCAUACAGAGUGGCCGGAUCUUUGACUGAUGUCAUAAUAGAGACACACAGACGUAAGCACCUUGCAUUCCUCAUGGCAGACCAGGGAGCCCUCGUGAAUCCUGAAUCUGCACGAAACCUACCAAAGCAGCAACUGAACAAAAGACACCUGAAGAGGUCAAAGUCGCUUAUAUCUACCUUACUCUGGGGGGAUGGGGACUCCGAGGAUUAUGGGAAGGCAAAAAAUAUAGCUCAGACAGAACUACUGGUAGAUUUAAGAGAAGCCAUCUUACAAAUAGGACGUCACUUCCAAUCUAUAGAUCCAAAAGUUAAAAAUAUGAACUUGACAGCUGACUACAGCAUGGACAGCCACACUGAAGACUUACAAGAAUAUGUCAAUGUUGCAAGAAACAGACGUCGUAGAGCAAAAGCGUUGCUUGAUUUUGAACGUCAUGAUGAUGAUGAACUCGGAUUUAGGAAGAAUGAUGUCAUUACAAUCAUUUCCCAGAAGGAUGAACAUUGUUGGAUUGGGGAGUUGAAUGGCUUGAGGGGCUGGUUCCCUGCUAAGUUUGUUGAACUGUUAGAUGAGAGAAGUAAAGAUUACUCCAUGGCAGGAGAUGACAGUGUCACAGAAACAGUCACGGAUCUAGUCAGGGGCGUGUUGUGCCCAGCUUUGAAAGCAAUAUUUGAACAUGGAUUGAAGAAGUCAGUCAUCAUUGGUGGACAUUGUCAUCCAUGGCUCUUCAUUGAAGAGGCAGCUACAAAGGAAGUAGAGAAAGAUUUUGAAUCUGUUUACUCAAGAUUGGUGCUUUGUAAAACUUACAGACUAGAUGAAGAUGGGAAGGUAUUGACCCCUGAAGAGGUGUUAUACAGGGCAGUCCAGGCAGUCAAUCUAACCCAUGAUGUGGCACAUGCACAGAUGGAUGUUAAAUUCAGAUCUCUUAUGUGUUGCGGUCUCAAUGAGCAAGUCCUGCAUCUCUGGCUAGAGACUCUAUGUUCGUGUUCAGAUGCUGUGGAGAAAUGGUACCACCCCUGGUCAUUCAUGCGCAGCCCUGGUUGGGUCCAAAUCAAAUGUGAACUCAGAAUCCUUUCUCAAUUUGCUUUCAACCUGUCCAAGGAUUGGGAAAUCCCUACUGGGAAGAAGGACUUCCAUGUACCUUUAAAAGAUGGCAUUAGGGAUAUGCUUAUAAAGCACCAUUUAUUUAGUUGGGAUAUUUAA